AGGUAUCAGAAGAGAUUUGACUGCCAGUAGACAGACAGACACACUAAACAGCAGACGAUUUGGACAUGUCCGCUUCAGGGGAAGAGUGUCCUGUAUGCAGGGAAAACAUACAGAAUCCUUCUCAACCGUCUCCAUGCUGUGGAAAAGUAAUUUGCCAGCGAUGCCUCAGUCAGUCUAUUCGAUACAGGGCUCAUUGUCCAUACUGCAGAAGCUCAGUAGACAACGGUGAUUAUGAAAAUAAUACAUUCCUGCCUCCUAGAAGGAGAAGGCGUAUGCACCCAAUCCUGCCAGCAGAUUUUCAAUCAUUUAAUUCAAGAAGACCUAUUGGUGCAAACAUACAUGCUCGCCUUGGCCAACUUCGAGACUCAAUGGGACAACAGGCAGGCACUGCUGCUCAAGGCAGUCUGCCCUAUCAGGCUGCAGUGCCACCUGCCCCACAGAAUCAAACCCCUUUCCCUUUAAUUUCCUCUGCACGGCCCGUUCCUAUGCCUCGGACCAGAGCUUCAUUUGUGAAUUUAAUUGCUGCCCCACAACCGGCACCCUUUACUGCUGCCCCGUAUAGUGGUCUUAUCCAAGUCCUCCCGCCACCUGCCCCUGCCGCACUCCCGCUAAACCCUGUCCUGUCCCAGGAUAAUGUGCAGGCUGCAAUGGAUGAAUGGCCAUGGCAAACGGAGAUCAGUCUAAUGGAGAUGAAUCCACAAUCUCAGGGUUUAACUGUGAGGACUUUUGUGUGUCCGUACUGCCAGGAGAAUGGACUGGAUGAACUCGAUCUACGUGAUCACUGCAAUGAACAUCAUGCCAAUGACAGCAAACGUGUGGUGUGUCCAGUGUGUGUGCGGACGCUCCACGGUGAUCCACAGUACUACAGCCGUAACUUCAUUGGCCACCUCAACCUGCGUCACUGCUACUAUCUGGAUGAUAUAACUAAUCUCAACCAGACUGAUGAGAUGAACAUCCAGUGUGCAAUUCUAGCAUCAUAUAGGGAGAGUUUUUAGAUCUCAUUUUGAGAAAGAUGACAAUACAGUUCUCGGGUGUUUUUCUGGACAACAUCUUAAAAAAUGCUUGGGAAGAAGAUUCUGAACCACAAGGACAUAAACAAUUGAGAAAUCAGUCAAAGAAAUGGUAUAUCGAGGAUGUGAUAUUGAUGUUACCAAUGUUAUGUAAAAUAUAAUAUGGAAAUGUUGAAAUUUUGUUUUUUGAUUGAAAUGGUUUUAAGGCAACAGAAAAUGCUUGAUUUAAUAGAUAUUUUAAAAGGUAAUGCAUUUUCAUAUGUUAUCUGGUGCAUCUCAGGAAUUGAUCAUGCCUUUAAAAUUACUAGUUAUGAUUUAUCUGCCAAAAACUUUUUGCACUAUUUAGCUCUUCUCAGAUAAAAUAUUUAUUGCAUGUACUGUACCCUUAUAUUUUUUAUACUGUUUUUGGGCUUUACUUUGUGGGGAAAAUGUUGAAUGAAUGUUCAAGUGAUAUCAGGCUCUGUAAAUCUAUUUAUUCUGUACCCCGAUGUAAAAAAAAAAAGUGCAAUAAAAGUUUUAAUA